CAAAACCACGGUCUCAUGAUGAUGUGUGAGGUUAUGCCCACCAUAUCUGAGGAUGGGCGAUGUGGGACUGGUGGGGGUCCCUCCUCACCUGCAGGAGCUGGAGUCGGGGGGUCCGGGGGCACAAUGGCUGGAGGAGGAUUCAGUGGCAGGGACCCCAGAGGUGGAGGAGAUGAAGGCGGCAGCACGGGAAACCUGGAGUCUCUGAUGGUCAACAUGCUGACAGAGAGGGAGAGGCUGCUGGACAACCUGAGGGAGACACAGGACAGCCUGGGCACGGCACAGCUACGACUCCGGGAGCUCGGCCAUGAGAAGGAAUCGCUUCAGAGGCAGCUGUCCAUCGCUCUGCCGCAGGAGUUUGCUGUGUUGACUAAAGAGCUGAACAUUUGCCGGGAGCAGCUUCUUGAGCGUGAGGAGGAAAUUGCUGAGCUCAAAGCGGAGAGAAACAACACGCGUUUAUUGCUUGAGCACCUGGAGUGUCUAGUGUCACGCCACGAGCGCAGUCUGAGAAUGACUGUGGUCAAGAGACAAGCCCAGUCCCCUGCAGGAGUCUCCAGCGAGGUGGAAGUCCUCAAGGCCCUCAAAUCUCUGUUUGAACAUCACAAAGCCUUGGAUGAGAAGGUCCGAGAGAGGCUCCGUGUGGCCCUCGAGAGGGUGUCCAUGUUGGAAGAUCAACUUGCAGCAUCUUCUCAAGAGGUAAUCUCUUUAAGAGACCAAAUUAAAAGACGUCAACAAGGGGUGGACAGCGGGAAAGAUCGGCUACCCAAUGGUCCAUCAGUUGGCCUGGAAGAUGGGGAGCUGGAAAGACAGCGAGAAGGAGAGAUAGAGCGACAGAGAGCUGAACUCUCCCAGCUGAGGGAGAGGCUGGCUCUCAUGUGCCGGCAGGUCGGAGAAAUAGAGGAACAGCUUGCUGCCGCCAGGAGGGAGGUGACGAAGACCGAGGAGGCCAAUCAGAAGCUCCAAAGGGAAGUGAAAGAGGCUCUUUGCCAAAGGGAAGACAUGGAAGAAAGAAUUACAACACUAGAACGAAGGUAUCUCAGCGCCCAGCGGGAGGCGACCUCUCUCCACGACAUCAAAGACAAGCUGGAAAAUGAGCUGGCUAGCAAGGAGUCCCUGUACAGACAAAGUGAAGAAAAGAACAGGCAACUGCAGGAGCGUUUGGAUGAGGCCAAGCAGAAGCUCCAGCAGACGCUGCAAAGAGCAGAGACUUUGCCUGAAAUCGAGGCCCAGCUUGCUCAGCGAGUGGCUGCUCUUAACAAGGCAGAAGAGCGCCACGGAAACUUUGAGGAGCGACUACGGCAAAUGGAGGCCCAACUUGAGGAGAAGAAUCAAGAGCUUCAAAGGGCGAGGCAGAGGGAGAAGAUGAAUGAUGAACACAACAAACGCCUCUCGGAUACAGUGGACAAGCUUCUGUCUGAGUCCAACGAGAGACUUCAGCUCCACCUCAAAGAGAGGAUGGCAGCUCUAGAAGAAAAGAAUGCUCUUUCAGAGGAGCUGUCCAACAUGAAGAAAAUCCAAGAUGAUCUCAUUGCUAAUAAGGAGCAGCUACUUGCUGAGCUGGAACGAGUCCAACUGGAGCUGGACCAGCUGAGAGGCAGGCCUGGAUCUUCCUAUUCCAGGACGGGCAGUGUGAGCUCCCUUCCCUCCACACUUUUUCGGAGAUCUCUUCCGGGGAGCUCCUCGGAGCUGCGGUACCCUCAGGGCAGUGGCUCACUCCCAGCAGGCUACAGCACCUCCUCCAGUGCCGUGGUGGUCAGGCGGGUACACCGCGGCCGCUGGGGACCUCCUAGAGACGACAGCAACAAGUAUGGUGAGUGGGACAGUGGUACCAUACUAGGUCCCGGGUUUGAGGGUGGUGUAGAGGGAGGUUGCUCUGAUGAUGAGGAGGACAGGGAGACUCUGUUUGGAUCUGAGCUGCUCUCUCCCAGUGGACAGACAGAUGUUCAGACUUUGGCCAUCAUGCUUCAGGAGCAGCUGGAGGCCAUCAAUAAGGAGAUUAAGCUGAUUCAGGAGGAGAAGGAGAGCACAGAGCUGAAGGCAGAAGAGAUUGAGAGUCGGGUCAGCAGCGUGGCCUUUGACGCCUCAUCUCUUCCACCAUCCUCGUUGGGAGGGCGAGACAGUGCUGGAAGAGGCUACAUGACUCCCUCCAUCACAUCCUCCACACUUGCGUCUCCUUCGCCUCCUAGUUCAGGACAUUCCACCCCCCGCCUGCCACAUUCACCUGCUAGGGAGACGGAUAGACAGAACAGCAAAGAGGGUGAAGAAUGCAAAGCACUUGCCCUCAUCGACUCAACUCCUCCACCUGUUCCUCGAGCCCUUCGAUUGGACCGAAUGACUCACACUCACCCGGGCGCGGGUCUUGAUGACCACCGUGAAUUCCGCAGUCUUUCUACUGAUGGCUCCACCACUGCUAGCCAGGAUUCCCUUCACAAAGCCAGCAAAAAGAAAAGCAUCAAGUCCUCGAUCGGUCGUCUCUUUGGCAAAAAGGAAAAGGGAAGAAUCGGUGCACCCGGGCGUGAAUCGGCCUCACUGGCCUCCACUCCGUCUGAUGACCUUGGUUCAGCUGACCCAUUAGGCUUGGCAAAACUCGGGACUGGAACGGUGGAAAAAGAUCGCCGCAGCAAGAAGAAGCAUGACUUGUUGGAGGAUGCUUGUCGUCAGGGUCUUCCUUUCGCCUCAUGGGAUGGUCCCACUGUUGUAACAUGGCUUGAGCUGUGGGUCGGGAUGCCUGCAUGGUAUGUGGCAGCAUGCCGUGCCAACGUGAAGAGCGGUGCCAUCAUGGCCAACCUGUCGGACACAGAGAUCCAAAGAGAGAUCGGUAUCAGUAACCCUCUGCACAGGCUCAAACUUCGUCUGGCCAUACAGGAAAUGGUGUCCCUCACCAGUCCGUCGGCACCUGCGAGCACUCGCUCUUCAACGAGUAAUAUUUGGAUGACCCAUGCUGAGAUGGAGUCCCUUGCUGCUGCCACCAAACCAGAGCAGAAGGAGUUCAGCUGGGAUCAGAUUCUGGCCUAUGGAGAUAUGAACCAUGAGUGGGUGGGAAAUGAAUGGCUGCCCAGUCUGGGUCUUCCUCAGUAUCGCUCCUACUUCAUGGAAUCACUGGUGGAUGCCCGAAUGCUCGAUCACCUCACCAAGAAAGAGCUGAGGGGCCAGCUGAAGAUGGUGGACAGUUUCCACAGGGUGAGUCUUCAUUAUGGUAUCAUGUGCCUGAAGCGCUUGAACUACGACAGGAAAGAGCUGGAGAGGAGGCGGGAGGAGAGUCAGCAUCAGAACCAAGAUGUGAUGGUUUGGUCUAAUGAGCGAGUGAUGUGUUGGGUGCAGUCAAUCGGCCUGAAAGAGUUUGCAGACAACCUUUUAGAAAGCGCGGUCCAUGGGGCCCUCUUGGCACUAGACGACACUUUUGACUACACUGACUUGGCCCUCCUUCUUCAGAUACCAAACCAGAACACACAGGCGAGGCAGCUCCUGGAGAAGGAGUAUAAUGCGCUCAUCUCCAUGGGAACAGAAAGGAGGCCUGAUGAGGAUGGCACAAAACCAUUCACACGGUCACCAUCUUGGAGGAAGAUGUUCCGGGAGAAGGACCUCCGUGGCGUGACCUCUGAUUCCUCAGAAACAUUACCUGCCAAUUUCCGUGCCUCCGCCAUCUCGACCCCCUCUGUCACCCUGAGAAAAGUCCAGAGUGAAGCAAGCUCUGGUCCAAGAGGAGAGUCGGGUUCUGUGAGAACAUAUUCCUGCUAAAGAUAAGCACACUGGAUCUCUACCCCAUCCUGAAUGAAAACACAUUUUUGAAGAAAAAAAAAAAA